GCCAGCUUCAGCGGUCCGGAUCGGGUGGCAGACAGAAGAGAUGACGGGCCCUCCAUUACGACUGGGCCAACAGAUGGCAAAUAAAUGCCUUGUUUAGUAAGCAUACAGAAAGAGUCGACAAGCGGACAACUGACUAGUUAGGCAACGUAUCAGCAACACAGACGAAGGCGAUACAGACAUGUCGUCCAGUUUCUCAGCAAAUCAGUAUGACAGUGCCUUCAAGUCGCACCGGCUGCAGAAUUGGUGUGAGACCAGCGCUAAGCAUUUCAAGGAGAGACCCGCUGCACAUGAGGGUCACACCACCUUUGUUGCCAAUGACAGAGGGCACCUACUCCCUGGUGUAGCAAAGAGUGGCAGUGCGUGGCCAGACUACAAGGGCACCUGGGACCUCCCUGCUCGUAUUCCAGCCCGCCACAUCAACCCUACUGCCCGCUCUGCUCACGGUCUGAGCAGGCUGCAGUCCUGGGGCCUGGACCGACAGCACACUAGCAGGUCUCCACCACAGAGAGGCAGCAAAAACACAGAAGAGGAUGUUGGCCUGAAGAUCAAUGAGGGUACUUCUGGACCUGAGAUAACUGCCAGCCAGAAUAAGGAAUCGCAGUCAGCCGCUAUUGGAUCUAUCGAUCACCCAGCUGAAGACAAACAAGCCACUGGAGCGUCUAGGAAUGACAGGCCUCCGAGCCAAUGCCCCGUGACUGAGGAGAAGCCAACUCCCAGAGCUGCUGCAGAGGAGGGAACCAAUACUGAUGCUGGCGAGGUGAGACCAGCGAGCAACGUGUCUGAGAAAGCAGCCAGCAAAAGAGCAAGGUCAUGCUCCAAGUAGGCUCCAAGCGCUCAAAUGUGUCUUCUUCUUAUUUUGCUGAUUGUACUAAUAAAGUUUGCAAACGCUAAAUCAAAAAAGUAAGUUCUUUGGCUGCUUUGACAUCCAUCUGCUCCCUGCUAUUCCUCUGUGCUUAUCAGCUGAAUGCGUUACUGUUGCACUGACCAGCGUUUCAGCAUCGCACAACACUGCAACACAACCAACCAUUGUUCUCUUUCCUCUGGGAAAACAAAAUUUGACUGUUAGUAGAUGUGUGUCGCUGAUUCAGCUGUUAGGUCAGUGUGUCUGUGUGACACACACAGUGAGGGCUUAUGGCAAAUAAAUGUCUACCAAAAGUGAGGACAUUUUGACAAAGUGAGGAUAUCUUGACCCGUCCUCACUUCUUUGAAGGUCUGUUUGAGGGUUAAGAUGUAAUUUUAGGGCUGAGGUUAGAAUUGAGUUUUGGUUCGGAUUAGAGCAAAGGUGAGACAUAUGCCUUUAGUUGUGAUGGUUAGGGUAAGGGGCUAGGGAAGGCAUUAUGUCAAUGGAGGUCGUCACUUUGGUGAAAUUACAAGGAUGUGUGUGUGUGUGUGUGUGUGUGUCUACAGAAAGUCAAGUCUGAUCCAUGUUGUCUUUAUUUAAAUAAAAAUACAAAUAUAAAAAACACAUGGAAUUAAUUAUUGCUGAUAUAUAUGAUACAUUAAUGUUUUAUAAAGAGACAGAACACCACAGAGCGUGGUAAUCAUUUUCAUAGCAGCUUUACAUUUUUCUAUAACCCUGAAUUGUUGCAUUGAUAAAGAAGGCACUGAAGUCACAAGUUUAACCUCUAAGCUACGUCCAGCAGAUGAAAAGUAAUAAACAUUGAGAGGAAGUUUCACACAGGUGUACUCUG